GAUUGGCAAAGCGCUGUGCUACUGCUGGCUGUAUGUGUAUGCAGGUAAAAGGAGCAAGCGACAAGCCAAAAAAAAAAAAAAAAAGCCUUUGAAAAACAUUCAGCCUGGCAUAAAGCGAGGAGUGCGAUGGAAACGUGGGAGCCCCUUUAUGCCACACAGUCCGAGAGGAAAAGCUUUUAAAUUCGCGCAGGGAAUCUGCAAACAGCUCCUGGAGCCUGAGCGGAAAGUGUCGCUUUGUGACUGGGAAGCAACUUGGACAGCUGCGUGUUUUCAAGCGGAGCCAUCAACAAAGAAUGAAAGCGUUGAAACGAGCUCCGGAGGAUGACCCCCACCCCGAGCAGGACCACUCUUCGGCCGUGUCGGACAGCGACGACGGCUCCCCGCUCGACCUGUCGGGGAGAGGGCUCCUCGCCAAGCGCCGUCGCCGCGGCAACCUGCCCAAGGAGUCGGUCCAGAUCCUCCGCAGCUGGCUGUACGAGCACCGCUUCAAUGCGUACCCGUCGGAGCAGGAGAAGCUCAGCCUCUCAAACCAGACCAAGCUCUCUGUGCUGCAGAUCUGCAACUGGUUCAUCAACGCCCGCCGCCGCCUUCUCCCCGACCUGCUCCGCAAGGACGGCAAAGACCCCACCAAGUUCACAAUCUCCCGUAAGGUUGUCGGUAAAACCGAGGGCCACCAGUCCCCAGGCGGCGAAGCCAGCUCUGCUGAUACCGGCGCCCCAGCUCGCUCCUCUCAGCAGCACCCAUCGGUGAUCCGCGCUACGCCCACUUUGGACCUCAGUCUGCUGGGGAACACGGCGACGGCCAUCCUGACGGGAGCUGGCUACCCAGGAAACGAGGGCUCCGUGCAGACGCUGAUGAAGCUGGACACGCACAGCCUGUUGAGGGAAGCGGACGAACGCGCCGUCCAUUCCUCCGGCGCGGCGGCAGCGGCGAGCCACUCCAGCGGCCUCCUCAACACGCCUCCCCCGACUCCUCCCGAGCUCUACCCGAGCCACGACUUCAGCGACCUGAAGCUGCUGGUCGACGCCGCUCUGCAGAGAGCCGCAGAGCAAGACCUGCUCCAGGAGACCAAACGCAAACCGGCAGAGCCUUCAAAUGCCAAGCCGCUGGGCGCCACCGCGACGGGCCCGACCCCGCCUCCGGAGGAACGGGUCAUGGAUCCUUCCAGAGUGCAGAGCCUGAUGGAGAAGGCGAUGUCUGCUCAAGAGUCCAUCAAAUCUCCCUGUAUUGGAUCUUCCGCAGCUGCUGAGCCAGUUCCUGCUCCAGUUUUGCUCUCGACCGCCAGGUUAUCCCCGCUACCGGGGAGCAAAGUCAUAUGGCACCCCUUAGAUAAAGACCGGGUCAGAGCAUCCAGCCCAAACCCACCUCAGCUGCCGACUCUAGUGCCAGUGUCCGCCGUCAUCCUGGGGCAGCCGGAGCUGCAGAAACCCGCCGUGAACCCGAAGUUCCCAUCGCCGCCGACGUCGGCUUCAUCUCCGACUGCGUGUCCUGCGAGUGCCGCCAAUCCAGCAGUCACACCCGUCUCCGCACAAGCGCCUUCCUCCCAAUCCCCCGCAAGCUCUGCCUCAGAUUCCUCCCCGGCAGCAGCUGUCGCGUCUCCCUCCCUGCCUAGAGGAGACCUGCUCCACCUGCCGUUCCACAAACCCCCCUCGCUCCCCGCGGCGGCCCCCGCCAUGCUGCCCGCUGCGUCCGCCGCCCCGGCCCCGGCUCCGGGCCUGUCUUCGCCGGCGGUCCCGCCCCUCCUGAGCCUCGCCUCCCACCUCGCUCCGCACACCAGCGGGGGCGGCGGCUCGGCCAUGGUGCCCAACGUGUGGAGCAUGGUGCACGCCAACGCCAGGCAGGCCAGUUCGCUCCAGGUGGUGAAGGCCCCCAUCAGCACGGUGUGGGGGCCGCAGCGCAGCCUGCACACGCUGAGUGAGGCCGUUAAUUAGAGGCCGCCGCUGGUGGGUUUUGUUUUUCUUAAAUGUAUAAACCUGGGAGGAAGCGAGGACAGGCAUGUUUUAUGACGUUUGUAGGAGAAUGGACUCGGAUCAGGCUGUGGACGUCGAGCCUGAGCCGGGCUCGCGUCGAGCUUUUAUUGUUUACCAGACGGAGACCGGCGGGUUCCCUAGACGCCGUUCCUCAGCAGAUUUUGGUGGCAUCCUCGACAGACUUUUUGGAUGUUACGACGACGAACAAGAAGGAAAGUAUUCCUGGACUGUAGAAAAGUUUACCAGCCUUUCCAGUAGCAGUGCUGGACUUCAGUGAAUGUAUAAAAAAACAACAACAAAAAAAAGAGCCUCCCCUGAUACCAACUCUGCUGCCCUUCAGUCAUUCCUCUUCUUGAAAUAAAAAGCACAUUUUCUUCGAACUCUUUAGUGGUGCAUUUUAGAGCAGGUUUUUUUUUUUUUUUUUUACAUCAGUCAGCUCAUUCUGAAAUGCAGUAGCAACCCUGAAUGAAUGACUCCCUUCGCCCUCCGUCACCCUCCUCAUGGCCGAGCGCGUUCCUAAAGCGCUCUGUGCAUGCCUUCUACCCCGACGCAUCGCUUAUUCUUCUCCCGUAGGAAGUUUCCUGUAUUUUCUCUUCCCGAUCAAAGCGCGCGUGUAGGUUGUGUUCUGUCAGAACCCUUCAUGAGCUCGAGCUUCAUCUGGAGAGCAGGACAUAUCAGCCAGAGUUCCCUUUCGUCUGCGAGGCCUUAAGUUUCUGCGUCUCAGAUCUGCAUGUCGUAGAAAGGAGAGGGUGAUUAAUCCUCGCAGGCUCCUGACAAAAGAAAAUGUAGCACAUCCCUUUUUGUACACCUUUAAAACGCAAAGUGUAGUGUUUCUGAUUGUUUAAAAAAAAUGGUUUCUAUAGAGUUUCUGAUAUUCCAUGAAGAUGUAGUUUCUGUGAAACUGUUGCCUGGACGUACCGGUAGCUGUGAGUGUCUGUGUGGGAGUUGGGCUUUUCUGUUUCUGGUCAAUGCUGUAGCACAAUUACCAAUUAAUGUUUACCAGGUCACAAAAGCUGUGUUUAGGUCAGUUCUGUUGUACUGCUGCGAGCGGCCGUGGCCAGAAGAGGAAAGUCUGUCUGGGUCGGCCGUUCCAAGGAAACCUCCGAACUUUACUCCCACAUUUCACCCUUUUUUUUCUGUUUUUUUUUUUUUUUUACGUCUCCACUCGGUUCCACUCUGUGACGCAAAGUCAAGGUGAAUGUGUCUUUGUUGCCGUAGCAGAGUUGACCGGUGUUCAUUUAUACCUCAAUUUCAUAGGAGCGGCGUUGUGGCUAAGUUAUGCUAAUUUAAUUUUUUCAGACGACAGAAAUACACUGUGAUGAUUCCUUCGAGGUCGUAGUACUGGGAAAGGCUGGCGUAGGUUUUAGGCGGCGAGAUUUUAGACGUAAGCUGACACACAAAAAAAUAAAAGAUGUGCUGAUGUAGAUAUGUGAAAGGUCAAGGUUUUAUUUUUUAGGUUCAUAUUUACUAGCGUCUGAGCUCGGUCUCAAAAUGUAGUUUGUGUUCAACCAAAUGCGUACUGAACGUUCCUUUUUUUCCACGUUGUGCUACAAAUGAUGACUCCAGGCAGUGUGACUGGCUGCUGUGCCUUAAGCCUUCGAAUGUGGGAGGAUGUCCCUUUCUUCUUCUCCUUUUUUUUUUUUUCUCCCCCUUCUUUUAAAAGAUAUGUAUUAAAACUCAAUAGUCUGUGCAAUAUACGCCUUAAACUUUAAAUGUCUGUUUUUUGUAUGAGCAUUUCAAAGAAAUAAAGGUCAGUUUUGUUUCAUA